AUGGCAGUCGUGCUGGAUUCCCUCCAAUUCGUGCUGGGUCGCCUGCUCUACCCUAUCCGAGGCCAUGACUCGCGCCAGAUUAUUCAUGACCCAGCUUUAAAAGAGCAUCCCGUACCCAACAUGUCACUCGAAGCACCCGAAUGUGGUCCAUCGGGGUCCAAAUUACUUCCUCAUCAUACUUGCCUUGCUGAGGACCGGGUUGGAGGAUUGCCAAAGCUCCGUUGGACGCCUCCCGAAGCCAGUGAACCAGUCAAGGAAUACGUGUUGAUCUGUGAAGAUAUUGACAUCCCAAUUCCAUGUCUUGUCAUUCAUCAUGGUCUCUUCUGGGGUAUUCCUGCCUCGGCUAAUAUGGCAACCCCGGCGGACAUCAAAGAACGUUCCGAUGCUGCAAAGACACGACAAACAGAGGCCGGAUGGCGAUUUGUCCCAAACCCUCUCGGGACAGCCUAUGGAGGUGCUGGCGCACCUUACGGACAUGGGUCUCACCGUUAUGUGUUUACCAUAAUCGCUUUGAAUGCACCACUGGAGUUCCAAAUCCCUGCCAAGACGACCAAGAAUGACAUCAAACGGGCCAUGGCUGGCAAAGUCAUCGGCUGGGGCCAGUGGGUCGGUACCUUUGAGCGCACUUGGUCCCAAUAG